AUGGACGAUACUGAGGAUGAUGCUAGGUACCCACCAAAUCCAUAUGGUGAAAACAACCAGCAGAGUUAUGGUUCUAACCGUCACAAACUUCCUCUGGCGAAUGCUACAUAUUCUAGGCCAGUUGAUAAUCAAUAUGCUGUUGAUGAAGAUGAGGAUGGUGAUGAUGAAGAAGAAGAUGAGCACGAGCUAGGAGAGGAAGAUGGAGAGAACAAUCAGAAUAACGGCAUCCUUUAUGUGGGAAAAGAUGUGGAUGAUGAUGAUGAUGAGGAUGAUGAUGAUGAGGUUGUUGAUGACGAGGAGGAUGAGGAUGAUAAUCAAAGGUAUAUUAAGAGGAUUGACGACGAAGACGAAGACGAUGACGAAGAUAUAGAAAGGCAUCCAAAAAAGCGAAAGCUAAAGAGUUUAGUUUCAAGUUAUGAAUUCGCUCCUCGUGUUCCGGCACCUUCUGUUGCAGCUCCAGCAGUGCCAAAACCAUCAGUUGGCGGACGAAAUCCUCUUACAGACUGGACGGAGCAUGAAACAUUUGUUUUGCUAGAUGCUUGGGGUGAAAAGUUUUUGCAACGUGGGAAGAAGAGUCUUCGAUCUGACGAAUGGCAAGAAGUUGCAGAGAAAGUGUCAAAGAAAUCGAAGAUUGAGAGGACAGACACACAAUGUAGAAAUCGUUUAGAUACAUUGAAAAAGAAGUACAAGAUUGAGAGAGGUGUUGAUGCUAGCAAAUGGGUUUACUUUAAGAAAAUGGACAUUCUAAUGUCAACAUCGGCUCAGCAAGGUGGACUCUCCUGUGGGCUGGAUUCAGGAGAGUAUGUUUUCACGAACCCAAAAGUACAUUCAAACCGUGCCAACGGGUUGGAUGAGAUGAGGGAUAGUCCGGGGAAUUCAGAAUCAGCUCGUGAUGAGGAUGAUUCAGAUGGACUCCCACCCAAGAAGAGAAGGCUUGGAAGAGACUGCAAUGAGCAGUCCUCUUUCGGAUUGCUUGCAGAUUCUAUUCAGAAAUUUAGUGAGAUAUAUGAGAAGAUUGAGAGUAGUAAAAGGAAGCAGAUGAUGGAACUAGAGAAGAUGAGGAUGGACUUUCAGAGAGAUUUGGAAAUGCAAAAGAGGCAAAUUAUUGAGAGAGCACAGGCAGAGAUAGCCAAAAUUCAUCAAGGCAGCGAAGAGGAGGACAACAUCUCUGCCGAUAGUGCUUAG